AUGUACCCGCCAGAGCCGGAGCUCAGGGGGCUGCUGCCCACAGGGCCCUUGGUGGAUUCUGGCUGGCAGGCGGGCGACUCAGGCCCCGUGCCCGUCAGAGUGCGCCAGAGUGCGCGUGUGACCGUGCACACAUGGUUGUGUCCCUCACACACAGGGGACCCACAGGGCCGGGUGGUCGUGGGCUGCCAGCCAGGCAGGCACAGGGAGGCCUCUCCGUCGGACCCUCGGGAUGGCUCUGCUGGCAUGGCGCUGCUCCCACUCCCAGACCUGGCUGGCAUCCUUGUGUGUCUAUCUGCCAUGGGGGCUGCCGGGGUGGCCAGCUGGGCAUCUGCCCUCCGGGAGCCCCCUCCCCCGUCCUGGGCCGCCCCCACUGCCAGUGGCACCGGACUGGCCCUGCAGACCCGGACAGCUGGGCCCUUGGGCCGCAUCUCUCUGCUGCUGGCUACGCCUGCUGGGCCCUCCUGGACAGCAGGGCUUCUGUCUUGCCCUGGCCGGGGGUCUUCCUCUCCUUUCACCCCCGCCCCCCACAUGGACGUGAAAUACAAGGUGCUGGGCUCCAGCCCCCAGAGCGAAGACCCUUCCGGAACCUCCACUGGGACCGCAGGCCGGGCCUCCGCCUUCUCGCCCACACUUUCAGGCCCGGGUCGGGGGCUCCCUGCACUGUUCCUACUCCGCCGGCACCACACCCAGCCUGGUGCCUGUGCCCUGGGCCACCUGCCGGGGCAGCGGGGCCAGCCUGAACUGCCGCCUGCCCGCUCGCUGAGGCCGCAGACCCUGGAAACAUGCUGUCUGCUCUGGGCGGCUUGCAGAGCCCCUGCCAGAGACCCCUUCACCUGCUCAGAGGCCUGUUGGUACCAGCUGCCCCUCCACGUUGCUGGAGCCCGAGGGCCUGGGCGCCCUGCCAAGCAGAGCCUGUGUGGAGACGCAGCCGGUGUGGGCUGUGGGCGAGACCCCUCUCGCGUCCUCUUCUCCUUCUCCUUCAGAUUGGAUGUGGGGUUGAGGGACCCACUGGGGGUGGGGCCUGAUGAUUCAGGCCCACUGGGUUUUGUCCCCUCACCCCAGAGCCCCCCGUGCACAGCAGAUAUUGGAUAUAAGCUGUCCCACGACGAGGGGGUGUGGAGGGGUCGGGGUGGGUGGCACUGGCUCCUCCUGAGCCCAGACUCAGGGUGGAGGGGCCCUGUUCCCCACAGGUGCUUCUGGGCCAUCCUCCUCCUGGCCCUGACCGUGUCCCUGCUGGCCGGCUUCCUACACAAGGACGUCAGGCUGCUCAUGCCCCUGCUCAAGGGCCAGGCUGAAGGGCCCCCCAUCACCAACGUCAUGUUCCUCAAGACGCACAAGACGGCCAGCAGCACGGUGCUCAACAUCCUCUUCCGCUUCGCCGAGACGCACAACCUGUCGGUGGCACUGCCCGCGGGCCAGCGCGUCCACCUGGGCUACCCCUGGCUCUUCCUGGCGCGCUACGUGGAGGGCAUCGAGGAGGGCAGCCCCGAGCAGCGCUUCAACAUCAUGUGCAACCACCUGAGGUUCAACCUGCCGGAGGUGCGGAAAGUCAUGCCCAACGACACUUUCUACUUUUCCAUCCUCAGAAACCCUGUCUUCCAGCUCGAGUCCUCCUUCAUCUAUUACAAGCGCUACGUCCCGGCCUUUAGGGACGUCGUCAGCCUGGAGGCCUUUCUGGCCUCCCCGGGGACCUACUACAACGAGAGCCAGGGCUUGCGCAACGCCUACGCCAGGAACGGCAUGUGGUUCGACCUGGGCUUCGACAACAACGCGCCUGCGGAGGACGCCUACGUGCGCGCGCGCCUGGCCGAGGUGGAGCGGCGCUUCCAGCUGGUGCUCAUCGCCGAGCACUUCGACGAGUCCAUGGUGCUGCUGCGGCACCUGCUGCGCUGGCGGCUGGACGACGUCGUCUCCUUCCCGCUCAACUUGCGCAGCCCGGGCAGCAUCACCAGCCUGACGCCCGAGGGUCAGGAGCGCGCCAAGCGCUGGUGCGCCCUGGACUGGCGCCUCUACCAGCACUUCAACCGCACCUUCUGGGCGCGGCUGCGUACCGAGCUGGGCCCGCGGCGGCUGCGCUCCGAGGUGGCGCAGCUGCAGGCGCGGCAGCGCGAGCUCCAGGCCCUCUGCGUGCAGGACGGCGCCCCCAAGAACAAGUCGCAGAUCACUGACCUCAGGCUGCGUCCUUACCAGUCGGGCGAGGCCGACAUUCUGGGCUACAGCCUGAGGCCUGGCCUGGACAAGGAGAUGGUGCAGCUGUGUCAGAGGAUGGUCACGCCGGAACUCCAGUACACGGCCCGCCUGUACACGCAGCAGUUCCCAGAAAAGCCCCCCAAGAACAUACCCUUCCUGGGGGCGUAGCGGCCAUCGGUGCUGCCUCAGGCUCAGAGGGGGCUUCCAGGGGCAGCCAGGAGACCCAGGCCCCCCAGGCCCCCCAGACCCCCCCC